AGUGCGCUGUAGGCACCUUUAAAUGAGUUGGCUCGAGCGAACCCUCAGGUUCACAUACAUAAAUCGCGAGCUCGUAACGCAUUUUCAUCAGUAUUAUCCACGACUUUACGUUUAACGCAUUUCUUUCAUUUAAUGCAAGAUACUUGCAUCUGAGAUUUUACAUUUCAGGCACAUUUGAACAGCCGGGAAACAUAACGGAGGUCUACUUCGCUGGACUCAAAUGUCGUCGUGGGUGAAGAAGGUUGUGGGGAGACGACCACCACAACCGAAUCAAAGCGGAGGAGGUGGCCCGAAACCUAUGCGGUCUUUGCGAAUGACACCUUAUCCUUUGAGGAAAGACGGAGAAGAUCUUCCUGAAUGUGAGAGUUUUGAAAGCUUGUUAAAAGGAAGUAACUACCUAGCCAUGCAGGAGUAUCAGCAUUCACCGCAGCUGUCAACAGAUGUUCAACCUGAAGAGUAUGAGCAAUCAGAUCAACGCACGGCCAUAUACAACAGGUUCUACCAGCAGUUGAAUGGGGAUAGAGCCAGACAGCCCGCAGACUGUAUUAUCCUAUCUGUGAACAAUCAGAAUGUGGAUUACCCCAAAUCGAUAGGCCAGUGUUUGCAAGAACGUGGCCUCUCGGUGGAAAUGCUUUACCUGCAGGUGGAAUCAGGCCUGACCCGGGCCCUCCAAGAUGUCCGUUCUGACGGUUCCCCCUUAUGUAUUCUCGUCGAGCAGACUAAUGUAACUCUGUCCUCGUGCACAGUAAUCAUAUUUUCAGAGUCCCUCAAAAUACAUCGAAACAUGCCCAAAGAACAGGCCAUGGAGUUUGUGAUGGCAGAGUUUGGGCGCGCCGCGCAGCGGGAGGCGGACCCCACGGAGAAGGCGGCACGGGCGGCUGAGCUGACGGAGGACUACCUGGAGCGUGCCAAGCUGGAGCGCCAUGCUGUUCCCUCUGCCACGCGCCACCUGCUCUUUCUCCUGGCCGAAGGUUUGCACCUGUACUCAGAGGAACUCUGCACACUGAUGGAGUACCUUCAAAACCGCCAGGACCAUCUGCAAGUCUCCCCCACAGAGGUGGAAAGUAAUGCGGCUCCUGUGGUAAACAGUUUGCCUCCAGGGUUAGGAAAGCCCCCUCCGCUUCUACCCGCUGGAUCUGGACCACCACCAAAAGAGCGGACAAACCCACCCUCCGGCUCCGGAGACACACCCACAGGUCACAUGGCAUCACAAGGCUCAUAUCCCAAGACGAAGCCACCGCCUCUGCUUUCAAUGCAUACUCUCAAACCAUCUUCCCACAGAGCCGCUGCACCCCCACAUGCCCACUUAGCCUCUCAUGGUUCUUCGUUUAGUCCCCAGCCAUCCAGAGGGCCACCAAACCCUCAUGGGCCUGAAAAGCCACCUCUUCUACAAACUCCUACACGUGGUCCUCUGCUUAACCAUCCAUCUCGUGGUUUCCACUCCCCUCGUGCUCUUCUUCAGAACCAGGCACCUCAUUCAGUCCGAGGACCACAAUUAAUGCGUGGCCCCCCAUCACAGAAUGGCCCCCGUGGUUCUGCUUUACUACGGACACCACCACCUUCACUCAGGAGCCUUCACCUGGGAGCUCCAACAGGUUCACGCCCCCCUCGACAUCUACUCCCUUAAUUCACUCAGGACACCUGAUAAAAUCACUGGCCUGUACAGCCAAGUUGGACAGUUGAGGAAUGUUGGACUUGCAGUUUUUUGUACUCUCAUGAUGUUUAAAUAUUGUGCUGGCAUGGAAAAAAGCCACAAUGAUGUUGUCUUUAUUUUAUGGUCUUCAAAUGUGCUCCCUUUCACAGCUGUAUACAGUUUUAUAAUAGAAUAAAUCUACAAACAUUUCAAUGGCAUAUAAAAACA